AUGUACGAAUCGCUGGUAGACUUUGACAACAUGAAGCGCAAUGGCAUAGACCUCACUGAGGAACUAAGAAUGCAAGGAUGGGAAACAUACUUCCAGAGACUCUAUGGCCCUGUGUACACUUAUCUGGUAAAGGAGUUCUGGCGUUUCACAGACGCAGAUGACCACUACACCGUCUCAUACGUUUUGGGGGUCAAGAUGGUAAUGACUGAGAAAUCCAUCACCUCCCUUAUAAACAUGGAGAAGAUAGGGGGAAGAAGAAUCUACAACAUCAACCCUAGGGCAAAGUACUUGUCGCACGAAAUUGCGCCAACUAUCUUCCAACAGAACGUUAGAGGUAAACACUCCAAGAACAAGGAACUUCACCAGAACCUCCGAGUAUGGCUGAAGAUCAUCCUGGGCACCAUCCAUCACCGCCCUGCCUCCAACUCUUUUGACUACAUCAAUACGGAUCAGAAGUGCAUCCUCUACUGCGUUCACAAAGGGCUAAAACUGAACCUGCCAGCGCUGCUCUUCAAGUAUCUCAGAGAUUCUGCCAAGGAUACUAGAAACAAUAUGAAGCCCAAAACCUACAUUCCUCUUGGAAGAAUCAUCUUCGAUGUUUUGAUUGAGAGUGGGCUGAUGGAUCACCUGAUCCAUCACAAUCUGAUAGAGGAUGUCACUGUUGACAUUGGAAGACCUUUGAAUGCUCUCAAUCUGAAGAGUAUGGGGGUGAUUGAGAAAGUUAGAGCUAAACCCAUUCUAGACACAUCCUGGGAAGCACUCAAGGAUCAGAGGAAGAUUCCCAAUGGUCUCUACCUCUUCUCCAAGAUUGACCGUCCAGAAGUGGUGGCACACUAUCUGCAUGACCUUGCAAGCCAAAGGGUUGAUAUUUCAGAGUUCUCGGUGGAUUGGCUGCCUGAGCAUCCACCAAACUUCAUGAAGAGAAUGCGAGGGCCUUCUGAAAAGUCAAAGAAGGCCAAGAAGGCUAAAUUGGGAGAAACUUCUGGGUCAAGACCUCAAGUCCCUCUGGCUGAUUCUCCAAGUAAGUCUCUGCCUCCUUCUCGCUCUGUUAAAUAA